CCUGGCUUCGGAAACUAUGACCAGUCUGGUGCUGGUGCUAUGACUGGCUGGUGCAUGAAUACCUGGGAUGAGACCGUCAAGGGGCUACUGGAGGCUCCUCUAGCGGAGCUAAACGAAAUGAAACACUGGCUGCAGACCAAAGGAAGUCCCAGCUCUAAGAUCUCCAAAGCGGAAUUUUCGCCAGCCCAGGAAAUCGAGGGCUAUACGUUCACUUCCUUCGCUAUAAAACGUUAAACGCAAAUUGUUAGCUCGUUCGCCAUAAAUAUUUAUUUUAAAAGACAUCCAUGUAUUCGCGAAACAAAAUCAAAAUAAAAUACCAGGGCUGCAGCGAGAGCUUCAUAAUUAUCGACUUACUUGAUAGUGUGUUAUCGAUAGUGUGGAAAUUAAAAAUGUUACGUCUCGCAAAAUUUAGCAUAAAAAUAAUAAAUUAUUUAUAAUUAUAAAGAAAA